AUGAAUAAUACAUCCCCUCCAAAUUGCCUUGUUUCGGAAGCGAUCCGAAUUGGUUGCUAUUUGAAUUUAUCAAAUUUAAAAUCGUUCAUGUUGGUAUCAAAGAGUAUUUGUGAGGAAUUGAAUUCAGCUACUUCCGAAGAAAAAUUAUGGAAAUUUCAUUACGAACGAUUGAGUGUGUUGGAUAAAAAGCUUUCGGGAAGCCUACUUUCCAGAAAUCAUGAUGAAAAGCUGUUCAAAAUUAAAUUACAACAGCUUGUAUUAAGUAUUAAAUUUGAUAAGAUGAAAUCUAUAUUCUCUUCUAAAAAAGGGCAAUACAUUCUCUUGCAAGAUGUCGAAUUUCCAUCCAAUAGUAACAGCUUGGAAAGAAAUUCAUUACAAUUGAUAGAUCAUCUCAACAAUUUCCUCUAUUUCAAUAAUAAGAACAAGGGACAUGGAGAUAGAAUUCUCAAGUGCUUGAUCACAAUUAUUAGAGCAUUGAUAUCAAUGAGCGAGUAUCACGAUGCUCAAAAAUUGUUGUCGAUCUACCAGAAGGUGGUGAACAAAUUUAUUUCCUUAUUCUCUUCUGAUUUCUAUGGGUCAAUUUUUGAUUUUACACCAAAACACAAACCAAAGUCGGCUGUCAAGGCCAAAGCGUUAAAUCAUGUGAUUGAAUUGGAGAAGACAAUUGGACAUGAUGUCAUAAUUUUCUUACUCACUACGGAAGAAACCAUUUAUGCCCUAAACAAUUAUAAGGCUGUUCUUUUUGUGAACUUUUUAGAUCUAGCUCAACAAAAUGGCGAUCAUGAACUCAUAGAGUCUUGUUUAUUACAUGUUCUUCAGCAUUGGAAGAACAAAUCAAAUCCCAUCUUUAACAUGGUGAAGACUAAAAUUUCGAGUGACCAUCCAGAAAUUAUUAGAAAUGAGUUUAUUGAAAAACAGUGA